GUCCCUUUAGAUUUCGCACUACCAAUCCAAGUGCCAUUGCCUUAAGCCCUGAUUCAUUUCCCUUUUUUCCCUCUUGGUUCUUCCCUCGAUGUUCGAGGCUUACGAUAGUGGCCAAAAAAAAAGUCUUGGCGCCGUCCCACCACAGAGUCGCGACAAGGUUACCUACUAUGCUCUGUAUAAUUACCGGCUAGGGCGAUCUUGUCUCAAAAGACAUACGUAAAGAGGGGGAAAUAAAUCUGAAUGUCGCCCGUACUUGUACCUGGUGAUGGCGCCACCCGGCCUGUGGCUGCGGGAGCGCAUGCCGACGAAGCCGGCACCCAGGGUAGGCCGUCAAACAGCGACGGCGUGUCAAAUGGCGACGCCAUGGAGGACAUGGAGAAAUCCUCCGACGAGGACUAUGACGGCCAUCGCCUAAGCUUGGCCGAGAUUCGUCGCAUAACCUCCUCCCGAGGCACAGGCUCCAGCAUCCAUCGUCGCCCCUCCGUUGCGACAGCCACGGAUGGAGCUGCCCUCGGCGCCGCCGGCCGAUCCACCGGCAUCGCCGGCACAAUCUCCCGCCGCGAGUCCAUCAUUUCGCGCAUCCGCUCGCGCGCCGUCCCCGAAUUCACCCACCCGCUGGCCCACCAGCGCACAGGUCCCGAACUGCUCGUCGACUUCGACGGCGCCGACGACCCGUACCGCCCGGUCAACUGGCCGACGCGCAAGAAGAUCGCGACGACCAUGGCCUACGGCUUCGUUACCAUGUCCGCGACGUGGGCCUCCUCCUCGUACUCGGCGGGCACCGCGCAAGUCGCUUCCGAGUUUCACGUGGGGACCCAGGUGGCCACAUUGGGCACGACGCUCUUCCUGCUUGGGUUCGGGACGGGCCCUUUGCUGUGGGCGCCGCUUAGUGAGGUGUAUGGCCGUCGGUCAGCUGUGCUGGUGCCCAUGUUUGUGGCUAUCUGUUUCAGUUUUGGGAGCGCCACGGCCAAGGACUUCCAGACGCUCAUGAUCACACGCUUCUUUGGCGCCUUCUUUGCCUCGGCGCCCGUCACCAACACGGGCGGCGUGCUGGGCGACUUGUACACACCCGCUUGGAGGGGCAUAGCCAUGGCUGGAUAUGCGAUGGCUGUUGUCGCCGGGCCGGCUAUAGGCCCCAUCGUCUCAGCCGCGCUCGUCCAAGACCCCUCUCUCGGUUGGCGCUGGACCGAGUACCUAACCGGCAUAAUCCAAGCCUUCAUACUCGUCGUCGCCGUCAUCGUCACUGACGAGAGCUACCCCCCCAAGCUCCUCAUCUACAAGGCCCGCAAACUGCGCCACGAGACCGGCAACUGGGGGCUCCACACCAAGUUCGAGGAAUGGGACGUCAGCAUCGUCGAGCUGACCAAAAAGUUCAUCAUCCGACCCGUCCAGCUCCUCUGCACACCCAUCUGCUUCCUGGUAGCGCUGUACGCCAGCUUCUGCUACGGCAUCCUGUACAUGCAGCUGGGCGCUAUCCCCAUCAUCUUCGGCGAGGUGCGGCACUGGGGUACCCUCGUCGCCGAGCUGCCCUUCCUGUGCAUCAUCAUCGGCGCCACGCUAGGCGCCCUGAUCAACGUAUACAACCAGACGCUGUACAACAAGGCCUACCAUCUCGCCGGCGACCGCGCCGUGCCCGAGAAGCGGCUGCCGCCCAUGAUGGUAGGCUCCGUGCUCUUCAGCGGCGGGCAGUUCAUGACAGGCUGGACCUCCGGGGAAAAUAUCCACUGGGUCGUGCCGUGCAUAGGCCUCGUGCUGCAGGGCACAGGGUUCUUCACCAUCUUCCAGGCGGCGCUGAAUUACCUCGUCGAUACCUUCACCCAGUACGCCGCGUCAGCCAUCGCGGCCAACACUUUCCUGCGGUCCAUGUUCGCUGCGGCUUUCCCGCUCACCGUGACGCCCAUGUUCCACAACAUCGGCGUCGGCCCUGGGUUGAGCAUCACGGGUGGCUUUGCGGCUUUGCUGAUCCCCGUACCAUACAUUUUCUACAUCUACGGGAAACGUAUCAGGGCCCGGUCGAAAUGGUCUAGCGGAUCUGUUCAUUAGACCUCUCUAUUUUUAUGUUCUCUCUAAUAGGUCUCGGCUCUCUUUGGCCGACUACACAUAUUAUGUAAAUCGCCUAGAAGGACUCGAGCACACCAACACCUGUCCCCAAGUCCCUCUCGAUAUGUGCGUAACUUAGACAUGUAAAGGGUGAGGAUAAGUUACCGUUGCCGUGCCAGUGCAGCAGCCACUCCUCUCCGAUUACCUCCAACACAGCGGACCACAAGGUGUAGAUAUCUUGGCCUGCGUCC